AUGAGCGUCGCACGCGGCCGCGACAUGCUCCAGAGCCAGCACCUUUGCUCGAAACGGCGCUGCUCGGUGCGCGCGCUCGCGACCGCUGCGACGCACGGCGACGGCAAAGCGCUCCAGUGGCUUCUCGCCGAGUAUCCGUUGUUCGGGUCCAUCUUGACGGCGCGCGGCGACGGCUUCCAGUGCCUCCUGGCGGCCGCCUGCGGCGAGCAUUGUGGUUUUCAAGUGACGACUGGGAAAGCCCUCGGGCCUCACUUCAGAUUCGUACACUCGGGCUUUCCACCUGCCCGCACGCUAUUUGCGCUGCAACGUCUGUGUGCUGUCUUUGCCUCGCCUGGUCAACCCUCUGCAAGCAUCUACGACCUCUCUUACGUGCGCCUCUGCACGCACGACUCGCCGCCGCUGCCGCCGACCAACACGCUUGGGCCUAUGCACAUGGCCAUGGUGCACGGCCAUCUGGAGAUCCACGACUACCUCGAAAUUUGCCAAAAGUCGACAUGGAGCCGCGUCCUCCCCGGACACGUUCAAGCGCGCAUCUGCGCCCACAAGCGGUCGCCGUUCAUUGUAUCCUACCUCUGCCACCGCGCUGUCGUGCUCGACGGCGCAUGGGCCACCGCCGCGUGCGGCUACAGUCAACUCUGGGCCAAGGCCGAGUCUGUCGUCGCCAAAGCCAGCUCGCCGAUGGCCAUGCAGUGGCUCGUGCAUGCCGCCGCCUUGCGCGGCAGCCGAGACGUCGUGGCGACCUUGCGUCAGUACUCAAGCCAGUUGUAUCCCUCGACCGCCGAAGACAUUGUCGACUGCGCUCUGCCGUGCGGCGGUGUCGCCAACAUUUGGUUUGUGCGCUUCCUCCUCGGCCAUGGCGUCGGACGUGUGCGUGAUGCGUUUCCCCAGACGAUCCGCCAUCAGGACACUGCCGGGUUUGCGCGGCUCUGGUCUUUCUGCGCGUCGGGCGACGGCGUCGACGACCUCUUGUACCUUGCGACGCUGGCGUACAGCGUCGUGGACCGCCCGAACCGCGUCAUGGCGACGCUCUGGCUCGAGACCUUUAUCGCCACAUUCAAUGCGAGCGAGACACCGACGUACCUCGACCCGCGCUUUGUCCAGUUUCUGACCGAGAACCCGUCGACGGCUACGUUCUUACAGGACCUGCGCGACGAAGGCUCCGCCCGUCCAACUGGCUCGUGCCGCGCAUUCUCCGCCGGGACGUCGCGGCGUAUCUCCAGCACAUUCUGA